AUGGCGUCCCAACACAUCCAGGUAGUCACGCCGCCCUCCAAAGACGCGACCGUCCAGGCCUUCCUCCAAAACAUGCGCGCCCACAAUGAGCCCGGGAGCGUCCCGCUUGUCUUUGGCGGGGGCCAACUCCAUGCGGAAAUGCCUCUCCUCCUCAUUGUGCCUGGCGCGCCGCUCCCGUGCAGGGAGCCGGCGGCCGACUUCGAGGCCGUCAACGCCCACUUUUCAGCCCAAGUGCACGCCUUUUUCAACGGUCUGCACGAGAUCGAAGACAUGGCAGCCAAGCAGUCCCCAGACGAGCCAGCCUUGAUCGACGCUGAUCGAGGUCUUCAGCCCGGCAUCCGCAUUGGCAACCAGGUAAUCGAGUCUGAUCACGACGCAUGGGGCGGUGACCGCAACUGCUUGCACCGUGCCUUCCACAGUCGCCGCCUCACCGUCCAGAACGUGGAUAGCCUGCCUAUCCUUAACCGCGUCACCGAACUGCUCAUCGUGCCCGAAGAGGCGUUCACCGGGAAACCGUUUGGUAUACGGCCCCUCCGCCGGCUGCUCUGCCCCUGGCUUGGGGAGCACUUCCCUAUCCCCUUUACGUCUAAGGCACUACGUAUCAUUUCCCGCGUCUGGGCAGGUCCUUGGCGCGACGACCGCGCCGAGUUCGCACGGGGUAUGCGCCAAGCCAUGCCCUUAUUGCCGUCCUCCCUUACCAAGGUCCGUCUUUGGUUCUGGAGGCCAAACCCGUAUUGCUGGGAUGAGAUGGAUCAAGCGGAGCAGUUGCCUGACCUUGUUGGUACGUCGUCGUCCACGAAUAACGAGUUUAAUAAUAUGGACCCUGUGUCUCUUGGGCUGCGGGAGCUAGGAAGUCGCCUAGAGGAACUGGAUACCUGUGCGCUUAUUACCCCCGAUCUUUUCCCCUCCGGUGGCGACGCUUUAUCAUGGACACGUAUGCGGUACCUCCGGAUAGAAUUCCACCCGUGUGCGCCCGACGGCAGCUGGUACUUUUCCGGCCCGCGAGGGGAAGAUCCCUACCUAACAGGUUUCGCUAUCACGAGAGAGGAGCAAUACCCGCUAGGCCAGGAAAACGACGAUGAGACGCACAAGUUGAUGUCGGAGGAGAAGGACAAGUACUGGGACGACGUACCGGAUAUAUACGAUCUCCGCCGGCCCGAUAUGUUUCGUAUACGCCCCAUCGCGGAGCGCGUCAACCCGUUACUCUUAGCGUUUGCCUUAUCUCUGCAACGGCAAAAGAUGCCCUCCCUUCAAGACGCCGAGCUGUUUACCUGGCUUACGUGGCGGCCCUCCAAUGAGCGGGCUGAAGAGUAUGAAGGGAGUGAUGAGGUGCCUCCUUCCUCGGGUGUGGAGGGGAUUUCGAUAAUGUUCCGAUGGGGGGUGAGAUACGAGGCGCCCGCUGCUGGAGGAGAUGGGAAAGGAAAGGUGACGUGGCAUGUCGGUGAGGACUGGAGGCCGGACGACGAAGUCAUUAGGGCGUUUGAGGAUCUCGUGGGCGGACAAGACGGGGAGGGCAACAUGGUGUGGAAAGCACUUGAGUUUGUGGAAGAGAGGGAGCAAGACCCUCAGGACUUUAUGUGA